GCGGCGGUGAGGGGGUAGAUACGAAAAAUGGAUGGAAACGCAAACGCAAUGGACGACCAACAAAACCCACAAGACCCAAGGCCCUCUCUCUUCCCUCUCUUUCCUGCCGCCGGCGCUGCCGCUGCCUCUGUUACUGCUACUACAGCUGCUACUGCGAGCGGCCCUGAAUGGCUUUGCAACCCUAGCUUCACCAGCGACCUUUCCCUCAUUAACGACGCCGUUUCCUCCCUUCCCCGCGCCCUGAACGUAGAGGAGGAAGAUGAAGGUGAAGAUGAAGAUGGAGGAGGAAAGCAACAACAGCAGCAGAAGAAUUACCAUUCUUAUGAGCUACUUGAGGAAGAAGAAGACGAUGAGGAAGAUUCUGAUUCUGAUGGAGAAAAGUACGACGAGAGACAAAAGAAUAAGAAAAAGAGUAAGAAGAGGAAUAAGAAGCGAAGGAUGUUGAAAGAACUUGGUGAUUCCAAAUCCAUUCAUGCUAAAGAUUAUUACUUUGAUUCUCAUCCAGAUCAUGAUAACUUGGCCUACGGCUCUCUCUACCGGAUGGAUGUUCCACGCUAUAAACUUUAUAGCCCUCAACAAUUAUCUGCAUUUUUAUCCCAAGGGUUGUACCGUUGGACUCAGAGGGCUUCAACAUUUGAUAAGGAUGCUGAUAUUGAUGCCCUGGAUACUAAACUAAAGUCUGCUGGUCGAUACUGGUCUCCCAACAAUGCUGCCCUCGAGCGCCAUAACAACUUAAAGCGCCUUCGCCUUUUUGCCCCCAAAAAUUCUUCACAUUUUGUUCCUGCUGAUUUCAUUCCUUUAUCAGAUAGUCAAUCAUCAGAUCAACUUGAUGAUGAAAGUUCAAUCUCAAACAAUUCAAUUAUUGAAGAAUCCUGGGAGGAUGAAGUGCUACGCAAAACACGGGAAUUCAACAAAUUGACUAGGGAGCAUCCUCAUGAUGAAAAAGCAUGGCUAGCUUUUGCAGAGUUCCAGGACAAGGUUGCCAGUAUGCAACGACAGAAAGGUGUUCGCCUACAGACUCUUGAAAAGAAGAUUAGCAUACUUGAGAAGGCAACUGAGCUUAAUCCGGAUAAUGAACAACUCUUGCUCUGUCUUAUGAAGGCCUAUCAAAAAAGGGAUAAUACUGACGUGUUAGUUGGGAGAUGGCAAAGCAUACUUAGGCAGCAUUCAGGCAGUUAUGUGUUGUGGAAAGAAUUCUUGCAUGUUGUUCAAGGGGAGUUCUCCAGAUUUAAGGUUUCAGAUAUGAGAAAAAUGUAUGCACAUGCAAUCCAAGCUCUAUCUGCUACCUUCAGCAAGCAGUUUAGGCAGAUUCAUCAAACAAGUAAACGUCCUGACUCUGCUAUGGUCCAUCUGGAGCUUGGUCUGGUCGAUAUAUUUCUUUCCCUCUGUAGAUUUGAGUGGCAGACUGGGCACCAGGAGUUGGCCACUGCUUUAUUUCAAGCUGAAAUUGAAUUUAGUUUGUUUUGCCCUUCUCUAUUCUUAAAUGAGCAUGGUAAGCAGAGACUAUUUAAGCACUUCUGGGAUAGUGAUGAUGCACGAGUUGGGGAAGAAGGGGCCCUUGGUUGGUCGAUGUGGUUGGAAAAAGAAGAAGAAAAUAGGCAGAGAGUUAUGAAAGAGGAGGGUUUAGAUAAGAAUGAUGAGGGUGGUUGGACUGGCUGGUCAGAACCAUUGUCCAAAAGUAAGAAAACUAGCACAAAUAUUGAAAAUAUUGCUAACAAUGAUGUGACAGCUGAGGAGUUUGAUGAGGAAAUUGAGAAUGAAGAUAUUAAGCAAGAAGAUGAUACUGAAGCUUUGCUGAAACAGUUGGGCAUUGAUGUUGAUGCUGGGGCCAGUGCCGAGGUUAAAGACACUUUGACAUGGGCUAGGUGGUCAGAAGAAGAGUCAGCAAGGGACUCUGAUCAAUGGAUGCCUGUUCGUGCAAAACCUGGUGCAGUUACUUCAAUUCAUGGGACACCCAAUGAAGAAGUGGAUGGACAGCUUAUGAGAGAGAUAUUAUAUGAAGACGUAAGUGAAUACUUGUUCUCUUUGAGCUCAGCAGAGGCUCGCUUAUCUCUAGUAUUCCAGUUCAUUGAUUUUUAUGGUGGGAAAAUCUCCUCUUGGGUUUGUACCAACAGUUCCAGUUGGACUGAGAAAAUUCUUGGCCUGGAGGAGCUACCAGGUUGUAUUGGGGAAAAUAUGAGAAGAAUGCAUGAUGACUUGACCAAAUUACAGAAUAAAUCUGGUCAAUUUGGUUUGGAAUUCCUUUGGGACAGUGCAAGAGGCAUCCCUCAGAGGACUGAAAUGAUGAAAUUUCUUCGCAAUGCUGCAUUACUUUGCUUAACUGCCUUUCCCCGUAAUCAUAUAUUGGAAGAAGCUACUCUUUUGGCAGAAGAACUCUUCGUAACAAAAAUGAACUCAUCUAGCUGUUCAGUCACCCCAUGUCAGGCUUUGGCAAAGCACCUUCUAAAAUGUGAUCGGCAGCUUUUUCUACUUAUCGGAUGGGAUGAUUUUACAACAAUUCAGCUUGGCCUAGUGAUUAUUACAUUUCUUGGGUGCAAGGAUCUCUUGCUCUGUGGAAUCUAUGCUCGUAGAGAGGCUGUGUAUGGGAAUAUGGAUCACGCCAGGAGAGUAUUUGACAUGGCAUUGUUGUCACUUCCUGGGCUUCCAUUGGAUCUACAGGCUAAUUCUCCUCUUCUAUAUUUAUGGUAUGCUGAGGCUGAACUUGGACACAAUCAUGGUUAUAAUUUUGAAUCAUCUUCACGUGCGAUGCAUAUUCUGUCGUGCCUAGGAAGUGGUGUGACUUACAGUCCAUUUAAAGGUCAUCCAUCGAGCUUGCAACUUUUGAGAGCACGCCAAGGGUAUAAAGAAAAAAUAAGCGCAUUAAGAUCAAAAUGGAUGCGAGGUUUUGUUGAUGAUCAGUCAGUUGCCCUAGUUUGUGCGGCAGCUUUGUUUGAAGAGUUGACUGCUGGAUGGGCUGCGGGUAUUGAAAUAAUAGAUGGUGUUUUUACAUUGGUGCUUCCAGAAAGAAGAAGCCAAAGUUACCAUCUGGAAUGCCUAUUCAACUAUUAUAUUAGGAUGCUUCAGAGACAUCAUGGGCAAUUUACUUUGUCCAAAGCUUGGGAGUCUGUCACACACGGGCUAAAAAUAUAUCCUUCCAGCCCAGAACUCUUUAAUGCGUUAGUGGAGAUCAGCUGUCUUUACACAACUCCUAAUAAAUUGCGGCGGAUGUUUGAUGACUACUGUCACAAGAAACCAUCAGUUAUUGUUUGGCUUUUUGCAUUAAUAUUUGAGAUGAGUCGGAGGGGCUCCAUGCAUAGGAUCCAUGGAUUGUUUGAGAGGGCACUAGCCAAUGAUCAAUUGCAUAAUUCAGUUAUACUCUGGCGUUGGUACAUUUCAUAUGAGAUUAACAUAAUGCGCAAUCCAUCUGCAGCAAGGCGAACUUUCUUUCGUGCUAUUCAUGCCUGCCCAUGGUCGAAAAAGCUAUGGCUUGAUGGUUUCCUCAAAUUAGACUCCAUCCUAACGGCAAAAGAGCUGUCAGACCUUCAAGAAGUCAUGAGGGAUAAGGAAUUGAAUCUGAGGACAGAUAUUUACGAGAUUCUUCUGCAAGAUGAGCUUGGAUAAUGAUUGGUGGUUGCAUGACCUCGAUGUAAUAUGUAACUCAAGAAAUAUGUUGUACGGAAUUAUAUGAAAAAUGUGAAUAACUGUAAUGAAAAUGUUAUUUCCAAUGUAAGGGUGUAUGGCAAAUUUAGUAAGGAUUGCAAUCAGUCUUGGCUCGAGGAGUUGCAAAAUGUAUUAUUCCAAACAAGCAAUCUCUCUC